CCCACUUACAUAAUUAUUCACGCUCUCGCUCCGACGCACUCAAACCAGUAAUACUUGCUGUUACGGAGUCGAACACUUCACCUACCAUCCAUUGAUUAGCUGAACGCAUUCGAGCGAGGGGUCACAAUUAAACAAUCCUCGUGAUCGAGAUGUGCGGAAUAUGGGCGCUUUUCGGUGGUUCCUGGUCGCCCAAAACCAGCGAGCAAGUCGCACGACUUAUAUCAUCUGCCUCUAAGGUUAGCCAUCGCGGGCCGGACGGAUUCCGCUUCGAGCACCUGCCCGACGUCCCUAACUGUCCCUGUUUUAUGGGCUUUCAUCGCCUGAACAUCGUCGGGGGAUCCUACUGGAUGCAACCCAUGAGGUUGAAGAAAUAUCCUCAUUUGUGGCUAAUGUACAACGGCGAGAUCUAUAACUACAAAAAGAUCCAAUCGGCUUAUGGUUUCUCGUACGAGACCGAAGUGGAUGGAGAGGCUAUUAUUCAUCUCUUCUUGAAAGGCGGGGCUCAUUUCGCUGCUUCCAUGCUCGACGGGGUUUUUGCGUUCUGUAUAUUGGACACCAGCAAAAAACAGAUUCAUCUUGGCCGGGACACUUAUGGAAUUAAGCCACUCUUCACUUCAACCCCCAAUGACUCUCUCCUACUAUGUUCAGAAGCCAAAGGUCUGGUGAGUCUCUGCACCGGAAGUGAUAUUAAAUGGUUCCCACCGGGUCAUGUACAAACAUUCAACAUACUUUCCGAUGGCAAAGUUUCCACGGCUUCCGACCCCAUCCGAUUCCAUUCAAUUGAUACCAAACCGAAAUCGAAUGAAAUCGACGUGAACAUGAAAAUUGAAUUCGGUCUCUCUGAUGACGUCUUGUCUCAUAUCCGUCGUCUUUUCGUGGAUGCUGUCCGGAAGAGGUUGAUGAGUACCCGACGCAUAGGAUGUUUAUUAUCAGGGGGGCUUGAUUCCAGUCUUGUAGCGGCCGUGGUAUCCGAGGCUCUACGUGAACAACCACGUGGAUACUCACUACAAACAUUUUCUGUCGGGAUGGAAGGUAGUCCUGACAUAGCAGCUGCGAGAAAGGUUGCCGCUCAUAUCGGCAGUGAGCAUCAUGAGAUCCCAUUCACUAUCCCAGAAGGCAUUGCGGCUGUUCGUGACGUCAUAUACACACUAGAGACCUUUGACAUCAUGAGCAUCAGACCCAGUAUAGCCAUGCACUUCUUACUCAAGUACAUUCGUGAGCAGACCGAUACCGUAGUGGUCUUCUCAGGCGAAGGGUCGGACGAGCUGGCGCAAGGCUACCUUUACUUUCACAAGCAGCCGAACCCCGAGGCAGGGGAUGCUGAGAGCAGACGGCUUCUCCGAGAUCUUUACAUGUAUGACGUCCUACGAGCAGAUCGUAUAUCUUCGGUACAUGGCCUUGAGAUCCGAGUGCCAUUCUUGGACCACCUUUUCACAUCCUACUACCUCUCGCUUCCGGCAGCGUUACGCCGACCAAUCAACGGUAUUGAAAAGUUCUUGAUCCGAAAGUCCUUCGAUGAUGGUGUUGUACUUCCGGAUGAGAUAUUGUGGCGUACCAAGGAAGGAUUUACUGAUGGCGUGUCUUCCGUUGAGAAGUCUUGGUAUGUUAUCCUCGCGGAGCACUUCGAAGAACAGAUCACAGACAGCAUGCUGAAUGAGGCUCCAACAAAGUUCCCUUUCGUUACUCCGACUACAAAGGAGUCCUACUACUAUCGAAUGGUCUUUGAAGAGUUCUUUCCUGGACGGGCCGAAUGGACACCGUACAUGUGGAUGCCUCGUUGGGUGGAUGCAAAAGACCCUGUGGGUCGGGCUCUAAAGCACUAUGCACACGGCACACAUGAUCCUUCCAAGGGGUAUGAGUUUUGCCUUGCGGAGAUCCUUAAAGGCACUAAUGGAAAGAGCGUUUAGGAGUUCAUCCAGCGACUCCGAGGCAGCUGUACUAUGAUAUCCACUUAGAAUCAUACUACUCACGCAUACACGGGCAAGGACAAGAUGGAACACAGUCAACAGCUUAAGUCAUUUCGAUAUUGUAAAGAAACCUGUCCCAGAAUGCAUUCCCUAUCCCCAUUUCAAGUCAAGUAGAAAAGAGGGGCAGGG